AUGUGGAAAAGCGCUGUGCUGGCGUCAUGCGGUGCUUCCUUGAUCACCGUUUCGAUCUUCAUCGCAAUCAGUGCCAUCGUCACUGAGCUGAAUAGCCUUCAGACUGAAAUCAUGGAUGGUAUGAAGGAUUUCCGGGUUGCCACUGAUAGCGCAUGGGAACUGAUUAUGGCCAAAUAUGAGGAUCCCGAUAGCCAACUUCCCAGAGUAGCCCGUGCUAUUUCGGAACCUGAUCGUUACAAACGUAGUGAGUGUGCAUGUGCAGCGCAAGCUAAAACAUGUCCAGCAGGACCACCAGGGCCACCUGGUAAACCAGGGCCACCAGGAGAACCAGGCCUUGACGGCUCCCCUGGAGCACCUGGCCUGUCCGGUAUUGGAGUGCUGGUGAAACAGCUAACACAAUCGGAGUGCGUUAAGUGCCCACGAGGACCCGACGGCGGAGUGGGGGAGCCGGGUCCGCCGGGCCUACAAGGACUUCCUGGCGCUCAAGGUCAGCCCGGUCAGCCUGGAAUGCCCGGAACGAUGGGUCCAGCAGGUCCAGAAGGCGACAAAGGAGCAGAUGGAUUCCCCGGGCUGCCAGGGAUGCCUGGG